GGAGCGCCAGGCCGGAAGGAGGCAGCGGGAGGGCGGGCGGCAGGAGUGGGCCCGGAGCUGCUGGGCCGGAGCGGCGGCGCCGCCAUGUCCGACAGCGAGAAGCUCAACCUGGACUCUAUCAUCGGGCGCCUGCUGGAAGUGCAGGGCUCGCGGCCUGGGAAGAAUGUGCAGCUAACAGAAAACGAGAUCCGUGGUCUGUGCCUCAAAUCGAGGGAGAUUUUCCUGAGCCAGCCCAUUCUUCUGGAGCUGGAGGCACCCCUCAAGAUCUGCGGUGACAUCCAUGGCCAGUACUACGAUCUUCUGCGGCUGUUUGAGUACGGCGGCUUCCCUCCGGAGAGCAACUACCUCUUCCUGGGGGACUACGUGGACCGGGGCAAGCAGUCUCUGGAGACCAUCUGCCUGCUGCUGGCCUAUAAGAUCAAGUACCCCGAGAACUUCUUCCUGCUCCGUGGGAACCACGAGUGUGCCAGCAUCAACCGCAUCUAUGGUUUCUAUGAUGAGUGCAAGAGGCGCUACAACAUUAAACUGUGGAAAACCUUUACCGACUGCUUCAACUGCCUGCCCAUCGCUGCCAUUGUGGACGAGAAAAUCUUCUGCUGCCAUGGAGGCCUGUCCCCAGACCUGCAGUCCAUGGAGCAGAUUCGGCGUAUCAUGAGGCCAACAGACGUGCCUGACCAGGGCCUGCUCUGCGACCUGCUGUGGUCUGACCCUGACAAGGACGUGCAGGGCUGGGGCGAGAAUGACCGUGGUGUCUCCUUUACCUUCGGGGCUGAGGUAGUGGCCAAGUUCCUGCACAAGCACGACCUGGACCUCAUCUGCCGGGCGCACCAGGUGGUGGAAGACGGCUAUGAGUUCUUUGCCAAGCGGCAGCUGGUGACACUCUUCUCGGCUCCCAACUACUGUGGCGAGUUUGACAACGCAGGCGCCAUGAUGAGCGUGGAUGAGACGCUCAUGUGCUCCUUCCAGAUCCUCAAGCCCGCCGACAAGAACAAGGGGAAAUACGGGCAGUUCAGUGGCUUGAACCCUGGAGGCCGGCCCAUCACCCCACCCCGCAACUCCGCCAAAGCCAAGAAAUAGCCUCCAUGUGCCCGUACUCUGCCCCAGAUGGUGGAUUGUACAGAAAUUAUGUGGCCAUUGGUGGGGGGGGGGUUCAUGCUGCUCCCCCCCUCAAGGCCCACCUGUCACGGGGAACACGGAGCCUUGGUAUAUUUUUUUUUUAAUGAAUCAAUAGCAGCGUCCAAUCCCCCAGGGCUCCUUCCGCCUGCACCGGCAGUGGGGACAGGCAGCAUCCUGGGGCCGAGGCUGCAGCUCAGGGCAAAGCAGGGCCAGAUGUGGGUUUCCAGCCUUGCUUGGCCGCAGGGCCAGCAGACAGAUCCUGGGGCAACCCAUCUGGUCUCUUGAAUAAAGGUCAAAGCUGGAUUCUC